AUGAACAUUUUCUCCAACCUUAGCCGGGUGGUUCCUCAUGGCCUCUUGGUGUUUUUUCCUUCCUUCCCUUUGAUGGAGAAAACUCUGGAGUUUUGGAGGGCCAACGGACACACAGAUCGCAUCGAGAACAUGAAGCCCAUGUUUGUUGAACCCAAAGGGAAAGGAACCUUCAAUGAGGUUAUUGAUGGGUAUUACAACAAAGUGAAUGAUCCAGUGUCUAAAGGAGGAAGCUUCUUUGCCGUCUGCCGUGGGAAGGCUAGUGAAGGUUUGGAUUUUGCAGACACCUUUGGCCGGGGCGUCAUCAUCACCGGCCUGCCGUUUCCUCCUAAGUUUGACCCACGAGUCAUCUUGAAGAUGCAGUUUUUGGACGAAAUGAGCAGAAAAAAAUCCCCAGGAAUGAGGUACCUGUCAGGUCAGGAGUGGUACAAGCAGCAGGCCUUCAGAGCAGUGAACCAGGCCAUCGGGAGAGUUAUCCGCCACAAGGAGGACUACGGAGCCAUCUUUCUCUGUGAUCAAAGGUUUAAAAGCUCUGAUGCCAGAGCUCAGCUUCCAUCCUGGGUCAAGCCGUACGUUCGCCUCUACGACAGAUUUGGGAAUGUUGUCCGUGAUGUGUCUCAGUUCUUUCGGGUUGCACAGAAAAUAAGGCCUGUUGUGGUGAAGAUGCCUACAGUAGAAAAUCUUCCAACCGAAUGCUCAUCAAACACUCCCAGUUUGUCCUCCGGCGCUGCCUCUGAAAGUUACCACACCCAGAAAGCAAAGGCUCUGGAUGCACACCUUCCCAGCCUCAAGAGAAGAAAACUGGAUGAGCAGAGCAGAGCUAACGGAGUGGCUAAGCUGUGCAUCGCCUAUGAGAGUGAGGUGCAGGACAAUCAGAGGAAACCAACCAACCUGCUGGACGCUCUGGAGAGAGGUGACCGGUGCUGGGAGGACGACAAGAACGAUGAGGAGAAGGCCAGCCGCUUGUCCACCUUGUCCCUCCAAUAUGACAAGAAGAUGGAGGACGAGUUACGGGGAGGGAAGCGGAAAAUCAAGCUGAUUCAGGAACAGAAAGCGAGUGUCUCUGAGGAUGGGUCAGAGGAGAGUAAGGCCAGCAGGGCCAAACAGUUCCUGGCCGACAUGAAGAAGUCUCUGAGCAAGGUGAGCUUCGACCACAUCGUCCAGGCUCUGCAGAGCUACAAGAAGACAGACGACCUGAGCGUCCUGCUGACAGAGACGGCUGUCUUGGUUGAAGACCCCAACACUCACAGCCUGUUCCGAGGGUUCUACCAGUUUGUUCGUCCACAUCACAAAAAGACGUUUGAUGAGAAAUGUCAGGAGCUGGUGGGUCAGGGCUGUGGGUUCAAACCGGAGCACUCGCUGUCUAAGGAGAAGAAAGCUGAGAUUCUGCAGACUGCUGUAGAUCACCCAGCGGUGGGAGCUGUGAGCUCCAGGUCCACGUGCAGUCAGCUCGACACUCAGCAGCUCAACAGAGGAGGACGCCACCUGAGUCAGCAGGGAUUAAGAGCAGCUCCAUCUGGUUCUGACCAUAAGCACGAGACCCACGCUGCCUUCCUGGCCGAAGUAAAGCAAGCCCUGGGACCUGAAAGGUCCGCCCAGCUCUUCCAGGCCAUCCACGGCUACAAGAAGACGGAGGACUACGAAAGCCUGGUGACCACCGUGGUGAGCUUAUUCACAGAGAGGGAUGAGAACUUCCACCUCCUCAUCAGGUUCGGUGUGUUUGUUCGCCCUCGCCAUAAGAAGCAAUACAAAGAGAUGCUGGAUGCUCUGAUUGGUCAGCCCGUGUCAGCCGCUGACAGUCCUGCUGUGAGAGAGGAGCGGCCCUCUGCAGUUCCUCUCUCACCACCUCUGAAGACUCAAAGCAAGAUUUCCAGUUUUUUCUCCAACAGUGGAAGAAAGUCUGAUUCUUGAAACUGGAGUUUUGUUUCAGAUCAGCUACAGCAGCCUGGACCUGUUUUCCUCUGUGAGGAAAGCCAAUGAAAAUUCAACUUUUCCAUGUUUUCCGCUUGAUUAAAAUGAAGAAACCGUCUGUGGACAAUGCUGAAACCUGGAGUUUUUUCAGCAAAUGUUUCCCAAAUUAGGAUCCGCAUAAUUCUGGAAGUUUACAUGUUGUCCACAUCGAUGUGUUUUUCUUCCCUUCAGGUUGUGUUUGGUUUUCACAAAUCAUCUGUGUGUGUGUGUAGUGGACAGAACUUUGCGUCAGCUCAAAUCAGGUUACUUCGCCUAUCGGCCAACACUUUGGUUAUUUCUGGGUUUUGACUCAUGGAGUUCUACAGAAAUGUUCCACAACAGCAGCUCAGAUCCAGUAGAUUUUUUUUCUUUCUAUGCUUGUCCGCUUUGAAAACAUCAAGUAGAUUUAUAAUUUUAAAAUUAUGCUUUUAAUUAGUGAAUUUAUAACAAAUAAAAGUACUUGUUUCUACAGAUUAUGUGGAAUUACAAAGUAACCUAAUGAGUCAAACAGAGAGAGGUUUCAGCUUUGAAGCCCAGGCUUCAGGAAUAGCCUUUAUAAUAUAAAUUUAUAUUUUUUCAAUAAUGAAAUCAAUAUUUGUAUCAAUAAUGAAAAGUUCAAAUGAAUUUUUUUUAUGGAAUAAAAAUAAAUUGAUUUUUUUGCUUAUGUUUCUAUUAUGUUUACAACAGUUUAAAUAAACUCAAAAUGGGAUUUUU